AUGCCUCGCCCACACGACCUUUGUGCCAGGGUUCAGAAUGCUUUCCGCGCACGUCAUCAAAAAGUCUCAGUACCACAUACCACGCAAAACCUCGGCAUCCUCUCUAUUCUCCUCCGCGCCGGCUUCAUCUCUAACAUAUCACGCGGCACCAUUGAAUCGGCCUCUCCCAAUAACUUCAAUGCUGCAGGUCCUGCACAGCAGCGGAUAUGGGCUGAUCUCAAGUACCGCAAUGACCGGCCUGUGCUGGGCGGUAUGGAACUCAUCAGCAAGCCGAGCAAGCGCAUCUUCAUGGGAAUUGACGAGAUUCGUCGGAUCUGUUCGGGCAGACGGGCACAAACAGUGAAGCCUUUGGGAAUGGGUGAGAUUGCGGUUGUACGGACGAAAAGCAAGGAGCACGAGUGGUUGGAAGCGAGGGAGGCUUUACGGCUCAACCUUGAUGGCGAGGUUGUGUGCAGAGCUCAUUGA